AUGCUCUCAUCACUGGAAAAACGUGCCAGUUUGCACCCACCGAAUACAGCUGGCUUCGGCGGUGUCCCCAACAACGAAAUCGACACCUCUAUUUGCGCCGUCUUCAUCAUCCUCUAUAUAUGUUUUGCCGCCACCAACAUGACAAUCUUCCAGAAGAAUCGGCGACGCAACCACAAAUUCAUACUAUCCGGCGUCCUGUUUGGCUUCUCCAUGGCACGAGUUACAACGCUCGUCCUGCGCAUUGCCUGGGCGAAUCGACAGCACAAUGCUCGUCUGGCCAUCGCAGCAAAUAUCUUGGUGAAUGCCGGUAUCCUGCUCAUCUACAUUCUAAACAUGGUCCUCUCCCAACGCGUCCUCCGCGCCAAGCAACCACUGGUCGGAUGGCACCCGAUUCCACGCGUCGGCACUAGGAUUUCAUAUGCUCUGAUCCCUGGAGCAUUGAUCAUGUCCAUUGUGUCGGUAGUGGUGCAGCUAUACUCAGAGAACCAAUCAGUCCGCUCUUCCUGUCGUGAUGUCCAGCUCGCGUCCUUAACAUACCUCUUGGUCUUUACCUGCUUACCCAUCAUCCAUAUUCUCACUGCAAUAUCCUUGCCCCGGCGCCAGGAUGAAGAGAGUUUUGGGGAGGGGAGCAUGAGGGCCAAAGUAUUGAUAGUGACACUAUCAUCCUGCAUAUGUAUCUUGUCCGCAGGCUUCAAAGCGGGUGCCAACUGGAGUCACCCGCGACAGCUCUCCAACCCGGCCUGGUACCAUUCCAAAGCGUGCUUUUACAUUCUCAACUUUAUGCUCGAGAUCCUCAUUCUAUGUCUUUUAACCUUCAGUCGCAUUGAUAAGCGCUUCUACAUUCCCAACGGGUCUACCAAGCAUGGCGAUUAUAGCCGCACAAAGUUGGAAGGAUCUGAUAGCAUGCUCAUGAAAUAG